ACAUCAGCCGCUGGUGGAUAUCUUCAGAACCAAGACUCUGUCCUAGUUUAUCUCUGAUUGUCUCUCGAUUUCAGGAUGCUAGCGCUCAUAAACCGGCUUUUGGACUGGUUCAGGUCCCUCUUUUGGAAGGAGGAGAUGGAGCUAACUCUGGUGGGACUUCAGUAUUCUGGGAAGACCACAUUCGUCAACGUGAUAGCUUCGGGCCAGUUCAGCGAGGACAUGAUCCCUACAGUGGGCUUCAACAUGCGCAAGGUCACCAAGGGCAACGUCACCAUAAAGAUCUGGGACAUAGGGGGGCAGCCACGAUUCCGCAGCAUGUGGGAGCGCUACUGUCGUGGAGUCAAUGCUAUCGUUUACAUGGUGGACGCUGCAGACCGUGAAAAGAUCGAAGCCUCUAGAAAUGAGCUGCACAAUCUGUUAGACAAACCGCAGUUGCAAGGAAUACCGGUGCUAGUGCUUGGAAACAAGCGAGAUCUUCCCAAUGCUUUGGAUGAGAAACAGCUUAUUGAAAAAAUGAACUUGGCAGCCAUUCAGGACAGAGAGAUCUGCUGCUACUCUAUUUCCUGUAAAGAGAAGGAUAACAUAGAUAUCACACUGCAGUGGCUUAUCCAGCACUCAAAGUCCCGGAGGAGCUGAGAGCAAAGACCCCCUCCCUCCCCGCAGCCUCCCCCUAUGGUCCCAGCUCCAGUCCCAUUGGCCACACCAUUCCCAUCCUCUCGGUCAUUGCUCACCCAGUGGCGAUGUUGUCAUCCUCCUCAGCAGCGCGGUGUCUCUCCUUCUCUCUGUCUCUGUCUCUCUCUCUCUCGUACCGGUGUUCUCAGUUCCUUCCAUGUCCUGACAUCACCCCCUGCCCUUCCCCACAUUUGACACGCACAGCUUACGGCAUGGCCCGUGCCCUCCUAAAGACGUGCGGCCUCCAGUCGUUCACCGCCCUCCACAGCACAGGGGGGCCCAGAGUUGUCAUUAUGCUGUCAGCAGAGAAAUGCAGAGCUGAGAGCCUGGCGCCCUCUGCCUGUCACAUGCCAAGUUGCAUCCAGUCAAAAACAAAAAAAAAAAAAAAGAAGGAAGUCUGUUUUCCAGAAAGCCUGUUAACGCUGCACCAGGCAGAGGAAGAUUGCACACGUUUCAGAUAGGGUGUUGGGUUGUUCGAUGAGUGUCGAACCCUGUGCAGAAUUUAUACAGCCAGUCAAGCCAGUUUGACCCUGGAAAAACAAUGAGGUUGAUCUUCCUUUGUCUUGGGUCUCCUGCUGCAGGUGCUAAAUUUGUAGUCAUUUUCUGAAUUUUGACCCUUUCCCAAACCAAAUCAGGUACUUUGUAGGAACUGUCCUUGAACCGAACAAGUUCUGAAGAAAUAAAAUAAUUUACCAGAAGGAAUAUCAAGCUGUUUUUUAUUUACCACAGUAAGGGUACAGAUAUGAAUGUAGAGAUCCUGAGCAUAAAUGUGGAGUAGCAGACGUGAAGCAGAGCUGUGUAGAGGGGUGUUCUCUUGGAGUUGUGAGUGUCGCAGUUUGGACUGCAGAGUUCAAAGUGCCUUCUGCAAAACCUCUGUCUUCUGGAAAAAAAAUUGCGCUUCAGAUGUACCUGGGCCAUAUUGAUACAUAUAAAACAAAACAUCACAUAAGUUGGUAAAAAAAAUGUGACAGUAACAGAUACACAUAUUCAAGAAAUCUGGAAGGGCAUAUUGUCAGGUCGAUUUUACUAGUUUGCCAUUGACACGACACCUCCAAGUACACUCACUCGCUCCCUCUUUCGCUCACUCUCUGUGGACAUAUUAUGACAGCUCUGGAAAAGCCCACUGUGUUUAAUGCACUUAUGUUAAUAAGCUAGAGAAACCAAGUGUAUGGUAAAAUGAUGAGUGAUGUAUAAAGCACAAGUCAGAGUGAAUGCAAUGCUGAUGACUUGCUUUGCUUGUUAGCACUGGUGGUGUGGGUGGGGGGAAUUGAAUGGGAAGUUGUUGCACUGAAGUUCACAAGACUUUUUUGCGCCUUUUUAGAAGCCUAGAGAAAAAAAUGCCAGCAAUUGUCGUGUCAGUCAGUCAGUGGGAUAGUCAGCCACUCAGUCAGUCCCGUGGCCAGUUAAGCCAUUGUCAGUCAGUGUAAUAGUUGAAAAUGAGUCAGUCCUAUAGACAGUCAGUGUAAUUGUCAGUCAGUCUUAUAACCAGACAGGCGGUCCUGCAACCUGUAGCUAUUCUGUGAUAGAUAAUGUGCCACAUGGAUGCCUUGUAGUCUCUGAGCUCCGUGAGCGCUAACUACAGUUUUUUUUUUUUUUUUUUGCUUGAGUUGGAUGUUCCCCCCGCAAAGCCUUACUGAAGCAGUGAAGGACUUCAGAGUGACACGCUGACAGGCAGAUGCUGCUGACCCUCUGGUUGUCCACAGAAAUAGCCAUUCUUUUAAAUCGGCUGUGUGGGCUGAAACUAAAGAACCGGCUGUUGCUGUAGAUCCCCUUAUGGUAAUCUGUACCCACCCAACGCAGCAGUACGUUAGUCUCUAUUAAUUUACAAAGGUCAAAGGUCACACGAGCACAUUUGCUCUGUAGUUUAUUUUUGAUUAUAUUUUUGUUUGUACAUACCUAGGUUCAGCGAAUGGACUCUUGUCUGUGGUCAAUGCCUGUCCCUUUUCCCUGUAUGUCUCAUGCAAGAAGAAUCAGUUAGAUUUUGUCAAAUAAUAGUACAGCACUAGAAUGAUUUGCCACUCUAAGCAAUUUCAGCAUUGACAGUGGAAUUUUAUUUUCCUUUUUUACAGAAGGAGAUAGGGUUGUAAUCAAGCCGCUUGUGUCGUGUGUUAGUGUGGGGCUCAGAGAUGAGCACAUCAUACAGACAUCAUAGAGAAAAUGUAGAGUGAAGGACUGUCAGUUAGGAGUGUUUAGAAGUCCUGAGAAAAUGCUGAGGCCUGAUGAAUUUAAAAUCUUUCACUGGACAAAGGCAACUGUCCAGAUGAAUUCACCCUUUUUAAUCAUACAAUAUUGCAGGCCAUUCGAUUCACUUUAUUAGCAGAGCAUUAGUAUUGGUUCUCAUAGCGUAUGUUGACCUGAUUGAGGUCAAGUUCUGUAGCAUACAUUUUUCAUUUUUACAUGUUAUCCAUUUACACAGGUACAAAGCUACUGAAGAAAUUCAGGUUAAACACAGUGUUAAAGGAUGCAGGAAUAAAGGCACCAGGAGCUCCACUUUACAGGCAAGACAGUCUCUGACUAGGCUGUGCUUUGAGAAAAUCAACUACCACUGUAGUGUGACCGCUGGAAUUGACAUGUGUUUACAUCUGGCUUUCAUUUAUUGCAUUUACCGGAUUCUUGACUUCACCUGAUCAUGUGCAGAAAUCGCUGUGAUUUGUUUGUUUGUUUUUUUUUUUUUUUUUUUUUUUUUAAUUUUUUAAAAAAUUCUGAAUAUAUGUAAAUAUUUACAGUGCGGAUGUUAAACUGGAAGUUGUCACUAUCUGUAGGAAUUUUGCUGCCUCACCUAACCCCCAGCUCUACAUCGGUGACCUGGAGUACCACGCUUUACCAGCCUGACCAUACCACUUAAGUCUGCUCUUUGCCCCCCCAGCAUAGCCACAGUCUUAAGCACACAGUCUUAAAGGAACAUGCAGUCACGGGUUAACUGGAUGCUUUGUUGGUGUCUCAUGUAUGGAUUUGGACUGGAAGUACAAAUCAAUGAAAGUAGUUGACACAGUCAUGGGAACCAAAGGCCUCUUUUUAUCACCUGUGUUUCCUUUCAGAAACCCUGUGGAGACCCUUGCAGUCAAGUUGCUAACGUUGAUGUGAAACGAUAUGGAGAGAUGUGUGUACAGACACCACUGCCUUGCUGAUUAAAACACAGACAUGUGUGUAACUCCUCUCAAAGAGUACUUUGCCCUGUCCCUCACACUGAAUUGUAAAGGCUUUUGUCCAGUCUUGCUGACUGCCCUACCUUGAGGCAUCGCUUUCCUCUCUUUGGGCCUAAUUAUGCCGGAAGUGUUUCUUUCUUUUGUGUGUAUGUGUAAUGUGGGGACCAGGUCAUGUCGGAGAGUAACCGUGGCUGUACGGGUAAAAGCUUGUUGUAUCUGAUGUUGAGCUACUUACUGCAUUUUAUGGAAUUCUGACACUAUUGCAAAAUGAGAGGUGCUUUCUCCCCAGUGCGUUUGUAACUGCAUGUGCAAACCCCCCCAUACUCAUUCAGUUAUAGACUUUGUAAAUAAGAAACGUUAACAUUUUUAUUCAGGUGAAAGCUGUUGUCUGUUUCUUGCAUAUUGUUUUUGUCUCUGCUCAAUAAAUUUUGGGUUUUUG